GAAAGAAUUCACACAGGAGAGAAACCUUACAAGUGUAGAUUCUGUGACAAAACUUUUACUCAAAAAGGCAAUUGCACUUUGCAUGAAAGAAUUCAUACCGGAGAGAAACCUUACAAGUGUAGAUUCUGUGAUAAAACUUUUAGAGACAAAAGUAAUUGCAGUGCGCAUGAAAGGAUUCACACAGGAGAAAAAUCUUACAAGUGUAGAUUCUGUGAGGUAACUUUUACACAUAAAAAUUCUUGCAUAUAUCAUGAAAAAAUUCACCAUGAAAGAAUUCACACAGGAGAGAGGCCUUACAAGUGUAGAUUCUGUGAUAAAAUUUUUAAUGACAAAAAAUCUAUCAUCUAUCAUGAAAGAAUUCACACAGGAGAUAGACCUUACAAAUGCAGAUUCUGUGACAAAACGUAUAGAGACAAAAAGACUUGCAGAGAGCAUGAAAGAAUUCACACAGGAGAGAAACCUUACAAGUGUAGAUUCUGUGCGGAAACUUUUACACGAAAAAAAUCUUGCAAACGUCAUGAAAAAAAUCACAUCAUGAACACAGAUGAAAUAAGUCACAUGGAAGAUAAACGGACAAAUAAUAAUGCCAUAACCCAUCAUAUAUAUGAGAAAGAAAGAACAGAAUACAAUCAUAAAGAUGACACUUUUACCACAGAGAAUAUCACCAUCAUUACUGACAAUGAUGUCUAUGAAAUACUUACUGGCAUAAAAAGGACCACACCAGGUGUCAUCACAACAAUUAUAAAAAAUCCUUUCCACAGCUCUCAAUGAUAUGUUCAGAUGACAGAAACAGAAAAGACACUAUCACCUUAUAACUUUGCUAUUUUUGCACAUCUUAAAAACAAUCAAAUGUAACUGCUUCAAUUUUUAUCAAUAAUUAUCAUUUUUAUACUGUGUAGGUUCCAACCAUUACCUUCCAUGAUCAGACACAACAUCUAUGAUAGAUCAUAUAUAAUAAAAGAACUGUACUUAGUCAAAUACAUGAUAUUCCUAGACUAGAAAAUCCCUCUCUCCUAUCUUUAUUGUUGAAAUCAGAAAGAGAAAUAGAGGUGUUUCAUUUUCAUGUAAUUUAUGUGUUUACUAGAUGAAAACAAUUUAGAUUAUUUUAUUUUUUUAUAUAUCCAAUGAC